AAAAGGACCAAAAAAAGAAAUCAAACAAGCAAAGCAUAAACCCUUUUUUCUUUACUCUUCUUCAAAAGAUCCAUCUCUCCGUGCUCUGCAAAACCCUAGAAAAUACCUCUUCCCAUUGCAUUUCAGAGACACACUUUUUAGGGUGUGUUUGUAAAACAGAGAAACUUCAGGGACUAAACACAACAUAUAUAUCCAGUUUUAGUGGGUUGGAGUUGGAUCAGCAAAAUGGAGGCUGCAGCAGCGACACCUGUCCCUGCUCAAGUUGUUGGAAAUGCUUUUGUGCAGCAGUAUUAUCAUAUACUGCACCAUUCUCCUGGACUGGUUUUUAGGUUUUAUCAAGAUACAAGCAAGCUUGGGCGACCUGAAGAUGAUGGCUCAAUGAGCAUCACGACAACAAUGGAAGCAAUCAAUGAUAAGAUUCUUUCGCUAAACUAUGGGGACUUCAGAGCGGAGAUUAAGUCCGUGGAUUCGCAAGAAUCCUUCAAUGGGGGAGUGCAUGUCCUUGUGACUGGAUAUUUGACUGGGAAAGACAACCUGAUCCGGAAUUUCUCUCAAACCUUCUUCCUAGCACCACAAGACCGAGGAUACUUUGUUUUGAAUGACAUGUUUCGAUAUGUUGAGAGUGUCAAUCAACAUGACACUGCCCAGGUCCCUGCCAUUGAUGUGGUGGCUCCUGUGGCUCCUGAACAAGAUCCCCCUCCAGUGCAGCAGAAUCACAUUUCCAAGCAGAGCGCACCAUCAGUGGAGGAAGCUAAUGAGGGAGAAGUUUACAAUCCACCUGAGAAUGGUGACGUGCCUGUUGAAGAGGAAGUUUCUGUCGCCAAGGUUGUUGAUGGAAUGCAAGACAACUCUCAAAUGGUAGUUGAGUCUAACAUCAAAAAUGAAGAUGCUCCUAAGCUGUCAUAUGCCUCAAUUGUCAUGCAUCUCAAGGAAAGUGCUGGUAGUUUUUCUCCUCCUCCAGCACCUGCUCCUCAGAAGCCCAUGGCAGAGAGUGUUGAGCAAGUGAAUCAACCUCCUAUAACAGCAGCUGAUCGCCCAGCUUCCAACUCAAAUUCUGUUGAUAACACAAAUAACCAUGAGGGAGAAGCGACUGAUGGCUAUUCGAUCUACAUAAAAGGAUUGCCUCCGACUGCAACUGUUGCUUUACUUGCAGACGAGUUCAAGAAGUUUGGGCCCAUCAAGAACGGAGGCAUUCAAGUCAAAAACAACAGAGUAUUGGAACAGGGAUACUCUUUUGGUUUUGUGGAAUUUGAGGAGGCAAGUGCCUUGCGAAAAGCUAUUGAGGCAUCUCCAAUUUUAAUUGGUGGACGCCAAGCUAUUGUUGAGGAGAAGAAAUCUACAAAUUCUCGAGGUAACUUUAGAGGUAGAUUUGUUCCAUCUGGAAGGGGUUCUGGUUACAGGAAUGAUGGAGUAAGAGGUCGAGGAAACUAUGGAGGUGGCGGCAGGGGUUACACUCGAGGUGAUUUUGGUGGAAGAAGUGAGUUUAACAACAGAGGUGGCCACCGCGGAUGGUCAUCAUAUCGUGGGGGUGAUGGAUACCAGCGAACUGAUAACCAUGGUGGCUAUGUUGUGCGAAUGAAUCGUGGUGGGAGGAUGCCUAAUGGAAAUUUUGAUACACCUGAAAUGUAGUAGCUUCAGUCUAUAUGAGAGCUGAUUUUAGUAGUUUCGUCGUUUGACAUUGGCAUUUCUAACAUUUGACGUCCCGGGUAGAAGAAGUUUUGUCAGGAGCUAUGGUAUUUUUGUAAGUGUGUGCUCUUUUUGCUGAUUUUCAGCUCCCUAACUUUCCCUUUGAUUGGUAUAGGUGGGGUAGGAAUUGACUUAAGUAGCUUUUGCUAUGUGGUAUAUAGAGUAACUAAGUCCCCAGGAAGAAAUUGUUCAGUCACUUUUACUCAUUGUAUCAGUUGAAUCAUUAGAAUUGUGGAAAUGAGUUAAUAUUAGCCUUUAAAUCUCU